GAUAUCGCGAGAAAUUUUCAACUCUAGUUUCUUACACAUCCUUUAAGGACCCUGGAAUUUAGCGAGAAUACCUUUUUUCAUAAUCACACUCCUCCCCUCCCUUGUUUUUCUGCCUCGCGAGAUAGUAUGUCCUAAAUACUCCCUGUAGCCUAGGCCACUGUGAAUGAAAACGGAGUGUGUUCUCUUUCACGCGGAACUCCUGAGGACAAAACUCAAAUUACUUGAAUGCCUGAAUCGGACUACGUUUCCCGUGAGCACGCGCAGCCCGCGCUCCUCCUCGCCCAUACAGCGUUUGAUCUCAGUAGACGGUGGCCGGAAAAGGACAAUGGUUUCCAUGUCAGCGGAUAAACGCGCUCGCCUUAGCUCCCGGACCAGAGGGAGGAUGCAGCAGAGAGUGCGUGCUGAAAAGCGAGGAAGCAACUAAAGGAGUCGGUGACCUAUAGAGCAAGAGCCAUGUCACGCCGGGGCCUAGUGGCCGGGCCAGACUUUGAGUAUUUUCAGCGUCGCUAUUUCACGCCGGCCGAGGUGGCCCAACAUAACCAGCCGGAAGACCUCUGGGUGUCUUACCUGGGAAACGUGUACGACCUAACGCCGUUGGCACAGGAGUACAAGGGAGACCUGCUGCUGAAACCCAUCGUGGAAGUUGCGGGCCAGGACAUCAGUCACUGGUUUGAUCCAGACACCAGAGACAUCCGCAAGCACAUAGAUCCGCUGACCGGUUCCCUGAGAUACCGCACCCCGUGGGGCCGCUUUCUGCACGUGCCGCCUCAGCUGCCCCGUUCGGACUGGGCCAAUGAUUUCGGGAAGCCUUGGUGGCAGGGGUCGCGUUACGAGGUGGGGCGGCUGUCCGCCAAGACCCGGAAUAUCCGCAUCAUUAACACGCUCACGUCGCAAGAGCACACUCUGGAGGUGGGGGCCCUGGAAUCAAUGUGGGAAAUCCUACACCGCUAUCUCCUCUAUAACGCACAUGCUGCCAGCUACACAUGGAAAUAUGAAGGGAAGAACCUGAAUAUGGAUUAUACCCUGGAAGAGAAUGGUAUCCGGGAUGAGGAGGAAGAAUUUGAUUAUCUCAAUAUGGACAGUACACUCUACACACCUGCAGUACUGCUGUACUUCAGUGAUGACCUCACAGAGCUAUAGAAAGGGAGAUGUAAAGCUCAUGUAGGCUCAAGACAUAUUUUGAGUUUAGCUGUUUCUGUGACCUGUAGGAAAAGAGGUGGGGAUGGGGCACGGAGGGUGGUACCUGGACCUAGACCUCCAUUCCACUCUGGGAGCUGGCCUGAGGUUCCCAUGCCCUACUGAAGUGUAAAGGUCCUAUUCCUCGGGUUAGUUACAAUUUACUCUGAGAAAGUUAGGAAGAACGCUAGAAGUGAAUUAAUUUUUAGGAAUGAUACAAGAAAAUAAAGUAUCUUAGAUCAUGGAGAUGUAGAAGAGGAUAGUCAGAUAGAGCUCAGGCAGAACUUUUCAAUAGUAAGAGAAAGAGAAGUCCUACACAGGGAUGAGGGAUGGAAGAACUUUUCUGCCAAUGAUGGAAAUGGGAUGGCUGUAGGAAGAUGGGAUUUACAAAGACAGGAAUAGGAAAUGUCUAUCACUGGCCAUAUAAAACUGGCUAAUCUCUCUUCUGAAUAGUAUUUGGCAGCUGAAACCCAAGAGGAACAAAGGAAGUGAACGGUCACCAGGUAAUUCAGGCUAGAUAUUAUGCUAUGUGCUUUAUACACCUCAUUUAAUACAACUAUCCAUAAGACAGAUACCAUUACCACUACUUACAGAUAAAUCUUCUGAAGCUUAGUAAGAUUUAAUAGCACAAAAGGCACACUACUUAGUAACCAGAUUGCAAACCCAGGUCUUCCCAAUUCCAAAGUCUAUGUUCUUCUCAAUGUCCAGGCUCACUGCACAAUGGGAACCUGUAGGCCUAUUGUGUAGUCAGCCGUGGUGUUGUGCUUUUUUGUUUUGUUUUUUUAGUUAUUGCCUUUGGAAGGGACUUAGCAUAGUUCUGCAGUGGUAGAGAGGACACGGGGAAGGCCAAGUGUCAGCUGAGUAAUAGCUAUUGAGGCUACUUCAUGGUUAAUCCUGUAGCAAAACUUUCCUCUGACUUUUCUGAGGCAAAGAGGUGGGUAUAUACUGAUUCCAGGAAAAUUAGAGUGGGAAGGAGCUUUUGGAUUGGGACACUUUAGUAGGGGGAGCAAAAAGUAGGCAACAGCAUGUAUAUUCAUGAUGGGCCUGUGCCUCUGAGGGAAAGAUGAGGAAGACAGGGUCGACUUUGCCAGAUGGUGACUCUACAAGAAGGGGCUUGACAGAGGUGAUGUAAAGAGAGGAGCUAAUUAAGUCAGAAAACUCCUGGUGUUCAAAAGAGAACCACCAUGGAGGGCAGUGGCCAGAUUUGGCCCCCUAUGACCUAAGGAGGGAAGGGGAAUGAGAACCACAGGUGAAUUUCUUGACAGUAGCAGGCAAAAAAAAGAAGCAGGGAGAUGUUAGUGCAUCUUUGUGGAAGGUGGCCCCCUGUAACACACUGGGUAGGCUGCAGAGGAGUGUGCUGAGGGGCUAUGAACGGCAUGGACAGAGGUGAAGACAUCUGUAUCCACCUGCAGUUGUUUCAUGUGUAUCUUGUUUGCUCAGUUAAACCCUAAACUAUUUGAGAACCAAAGCUAUGCUGUUGCUGUAACCCCAGCCUCAGGGCCUGUGCCUAUGGGAUCUGCCCAAACUCUUCCCUCUUCCAGGGUUUCCUACUUUAGUACCUCUCGCCAGAAACACAUCCCUUUCCUCACACAGCCAGUCACUCUCCAAGUAGAUUCUAUCUCCUAAACAUCUCUGGAAUCCAUCUUCUUUUCUCGAAGCUGUUAUCAUCACCUCUGGUCUGGACUGCUGGGAUAACUUCCUAACCAGUCCUCCCAUUUCCUCUUCUGUCCUCCACACACAGCAGAGUGAGCUCUGAAAAACAAACCUAAACAUCUAACUUUCCUCCUUCAGAUUCUUCAGUGGCUUCCAGUUGCUUUUGGAAUCAAGUGCUAAAUCCAAAGACCUUGCAUAUAUCAGCCUCUACCUUGCAUCACCCCUCUUUGUUCACUGGCUUUCUGGUCACUAAAGGUUUUCUUGCCUCAGAGCCGGCACACAGGCUGUUCUCUCUGCUUACAACACUCUUCCAUUUCCCACCUUGCUAAUCCUAUGUGUUUCUUCCUCACAGAGACUUUUCUGAUUUCUCGAUGCAGGUCAGGACUUUGUUAAAUUUCAGAGCGCUUAUUACAAUAGUAAUGUUAAAAUUAUGGAUGUAAUCGGCUGGCUGGCUGCUAGCUUGUAAGCUCAUGAGGGCAGAGAUCGUGUCCAUCUUGUUCACUGCUGUAUUGCCAGUGUUGGGCACACAGUUGCUGCUCAAUAAAUUUUUUUUUUUUUUUUUUUUUCCGGUACGCGGGCCUCUCACUGUUGUGGCCUCUCCCGUUGCGGAGCACAGGCUCUCGACGCGCAGGCCCAGUGGCCAUGGCUCACGGGCCCAGCCGCUCCGCGGCACGUGGGAUCCUCCCGGACCAGGGCACGAACCCAUGUCCCCUGCAUCGGCAGGCGGACUCUCAACCACUGCGCCACCAGGGAGGCCCGCUGCUCAAUAAAUUUUCACUGAAUGAUCUCAAAUGUUAAGUGAAUUCCUCUGCCUCUAAUAACUAGUGGAUGGGAUGUUGUGUCCUGGGGAGGGGCAAGGUGGGACCAAGAAAUAGGAUGUCUGGAUCCUAUGCUGUCAUCUCUAUCCACGGGUUUCUCUUUCCUUGUUCGCCAUAGAUCCAAAACCAAAAAUUACUCCAUAAAGGUUCUUCCUCUCACCAGAUUUUUGGGGCAAUCGACCUGUCUUUUCUCUACAUGGCCACCAGGUGGCUGUAGUCUCCUACAGAGUGAAGGGAAAGGGGCCCGGAUGAGGGAAAACACUUCCAAGUUGUAAACAGGUUAGGAUUAAAGGUAGCCUGUGGAAACGUACAGGUGAGAGGGAAGGAUCAGAAAAAAAGGGAAAACAACAUGGGCACUAUUCUAUUAGCAUUAGGUUUAUUCCUAUUUUUAAUUUUUUCCAUAAGCACAUGCCAGGAAAGGAGUGUAGUUUGAGAAAUAAAACUCACGGGAUAGGACAAGUAAGGGGUCUGAUUACAGGUGUGGGUAUGUACAGGGUGAGGCACAGAACUAUGGAAGGAAUAAAGAUCACAAAUUUUUAAGAUAAUAGAGUAUGUUCAUUUAUUCUUAGAGGGUUUUGUUUUGUUUUGUUUGUAUAAAGCUUUCUACUAGGAAC